AAAAGAAAAGAAAAGAAAAGAAACACCUGGGAGUCAGGAAGACUGGUUGGUAUCAAGUAUAUAAUAUCAGUGUAUAUGAUUGCAACUUUUGGUACAAACCUUUUACUUUGGCAAUUAAAUUUUACGUUAUCUUAGAAAACUAAAAUGAUUUUAUUUUUGUAAGGAAUGUUUAAUGAAGAGUAAUCCAUCAUUUUAUUCUUAAGAGUAGAGGAAUUACAUUUUUUGUAUUUGUAUCCCCAGUCCCUCAUUCCAUGUAUAUCUGGUACAUAGUAUGCACUUAAUGAAUGCUUUUGACAGAUAUUAUCUUUGAUUAUAUGAUAAAGGUGAAGUGAGUAAUUCAUCUUCAAGAAUUAGAGUAGGUUGGUUAUAAUGUAUUUAGGCUUAGAGUAUGUUCUAGAAAAACAAGAAAAUUUGUUUAAAGGAAACACCAGAUCAUCACAAAAUUGUCCUGUGGUGGUUAUUAAAAAAAGAAAUCAUGCUCUUCUAGUUGGUAAUUACUUUUUCUUUUCUCAUCUUCUCUCUGAAAGACGAGAAGAAGUCCAUGGAGAAGCACAGCGUGUACUAAGAACUCUUCCGGGUAAAAAUGAAAAAGAAAGUACUUCCAAACAGAUGCCUUCCUUCCCAGAAAUGGUACAUUAUAUUCAAGAGAAGGCUUCCCAUCGAAUGAAAACUCCAGCCAAAUACAUGACAGGAACUGCUGUUCUUCCUUUUAAUCCAGCUACAUUUGGAGAGAUAGUCCUGUAUUUGCGAAUGUGUCUUGCUCAUAGUGCAGGUGUGGUUCCCACCUCACAGAGCUUGGCAGAUAUGCAAGAUCAUGCUCCAGCAAUUGGUCGUUACAUACGAAACCUAAUGUCUGGCAACCAUAUAACAUCGUCAUCUUCCUCCAAGAGUGGGGAAAACAACCCUGUUCAGAUUUAUAUUGGCCUCCUUCAGCAGCUGUUAGCAGGUGUUGGAGGUUUACCUGUCAUGUAUUGUCUUUUGGAAGCUGUUUCUGUCUAUCCAGAAAAAUUAGCAACCAAAUUUGUAGACAAAACAGACUGGAUAAAGAGUCUAAUGAAUACUAAUAAGGAAGAAAUGCGGGAAUUGGUGGCAUUAUUUUAUUCAGUGGUGGUAUCUACAAUGUCAGGAAAUGAGUUGAAAUCAACUAUCCAGCACCUUAUGAAGACUACAAAGGACAAUCAUGUGUGUAAUCAACUUUCUGCCCUCUAUUUUUAA